AUGAGAAUCAUGCAGUCGCCGCCAGCGCAGCACGCGAGCGCCGCCGUUGGCAACGGCGAGCACGACGAGCAGCAGCCGGAGCAGGCGUCCUCGACCCGUCGCGUCAAACAGGAGGCAGCAGACGGGGAUCGGCCUCGAAGCGCGUCAUCUGUGCAAUCAAGCUCGAGCGUCUCGGAUCAGAAGGCGACGAGCGAGCAGGAGCGUACUGUGCUGCCCUCUCUGUCCAAAGGCAGCGACCAGCUUCCUCCUUUGGCAAGCGGUACGAUGCAAAGGCUCGCGCAAGGGAACUCUGCCCAACCCAGCCCGCCGCCGAUCGCCAUCCUCCAGCAGCAACAGUCCGAGUCUUCCGAGGACUCGCCUGCGCAAUCGCCGGCCCCGCCUCAGUACCACAUGCACAUGCACCCCGUCGCCUACGCUCACCCGCCGCCGCCACCGCCAGGACACUACCCAGACCAGCGCCACCUGUACCAGUACCCGCCCCCCCAGGACUACCGCGCCUACGGACAGCAGCCCCCACCCAUGGCCAUGUACCCGGCUCCAGCUCACAUCGUGCCCUCCCAGCUCCCGCCCCCGCACACUCUGGCUCACCCCCACGACGUGCAGUACCCGUACCCCGGCCGCGAGGCUUUCACGCCCAUCUACACCGACGACGCGGCGACCAAGCUCAGCGACCGCGUCCGCCGCCGCUGCUUCAACUGCUGCACCACAGACACCUCCACCUGGCGCCGCUCGAGCCUGAACCCCGGAAAGGUGCUCUGCAACAAGUGCGGCCUCUUCGAGCGCACCCACUCGCGCCCCCGCCCAGAGCAGUUCCCCCACAAGCGCGGCCCGCUCGCCGGCUCGUCUCUCCGCGCCCGCGCCUCGCAGAACGGGCCGUCCACUCCGCCGGCUGCCACCCCGCAGCAGACGUCCUACUCGCACGCCGCCGCAGCGCACCCCUACGCUCGUCCCCGCGCGGAGACCAUGCCUCAGCCCGCCGGCCCCGUCCAGUGGUCGCACGAGACGCAGUCUGCGCCGCCCCCGCCGCCGCACACCCAGAGCCCGGGCCCCAUCCACGCGAGCCCGCACCACUCGGGCGCGCCCAGCCCUGCGCGCACCCCGCCGGCGAGCGACCCUCAUCGCCGUCUCAGCGCGCCCGGCCCGCAGCCGGCCCCGCUCCAGACGCGUAGCCCGUGA